AUGAUUUACGAAGUCGAUAACUUUGACUGGAAAAAUGUCAUUUACGAAAACCUUCUAGUUUUAAAAAGUGUAGGUUUGUGGCCGAAAGGCAACGGAUUGUACAAUCGUGAUGUUUACUUAGUUUACGCCCUCUCAUUAGCAGUUUUUCUCGUCGCUGGAUUUAACCUAUCGCAACUAAUCAACAUCUACUUCAUCUACACCGAUUUUGAAGUUUUAACGUCGAGUAUUCUAUUGAUGACCACUAAUCUUCUGGCGAUCACGAAAAUGUGCCUCUUCUUAAAAAAUGUUCCGAAAAUUAAGAAUAUUCUGAACACUUUAAACACACUGGAUUUUCGCCCGAAAACUCCAAGCCAACUUGAACUAAUAAAGCCUUCUUUGAAAAGGUGGAAAAGAAUUUAUAUUUGGUAUCACACGGUUGUAAUUUUCAAUUUAUUGAUGUGGUCAGUUGCUCCCAUUUUGGGUGAUUUGGAAGAACAUCGACUACCUUUUGCAGCUUGGUUUCCUUUUGAUACUCAGGUGUUACCAAAUUAUGCAGCUGCUUAUGUUUAUCAAAUGGUCUGUAUGUGGCCUAUGAGUGUAUGUAAUAUGAAUCUGGACUGCAUAGUAAUGGCAUUGAUGAUGUUGUUGUGUGUCCAAUGUGAUCUUUUGUGUUACAACUUAAGAAGUCUUCAUUCACUAUCAUUUGAUAAGGAGCUCGUGGAAUGUAUCAAAAGACAUAAGGUUAUUGUAAGCUUAGCCAAAACCAGCAAUGAUUUUUUCAACUGGAUUAUCUUAGGGCAAUUUGCUACCAGUACUUCAGUGACUGCGUUAAUUAUGUUUCAGUUAACUUUGGUUAGUCCAGUAAGCGGAGAAGGCCUAUCUCACAUGUUCUAUAUCCACGGAAUUACAACGCAAAUUUUCUUGUACUGCUGGUUUGGAAACGAGUUGGAAGUUAAGAGUAGUCGUAUUCCAAAUGCUGUAUACGAAUCGAAUUGGAUUUAUCAACCUCCAAAAGUUAAGAGAAACAUAAUUUUCUUCUGCAUUAGAUGUCAACGUCCCAUUAAAAUUACCGCCAUCAAGCUGUUUUCGCUGUCUCUGCAAACUUUUAUUGCUAUUAUGCGAUCAGCGUACUCCUAUUUUGCCUUGUUAUCGAAUGUCAAUGCAUAG